UUAAUUUCAUUUGUUUCAUUGCCUGCUGCGAUGCGAGAAGAGCUGAAGCCUGAAGCCCGACGCCACCGCAAGUCUCCUCUUCUCUUCCAGUCUUCCGAGUUCCGUCUGACCGUCUCUCCUCUUCUCUUCCGUGAGUUCCGUCUGCUCUCAGCCUCCGUGAGUUCCCUGAGUUCCGACGCCACCACUAGCGCCACCACCCGACGACUCCGCUGCCUCGCAACUCACAAGUCGCAACUGCCAGAAAAAUCCUGGGUCCGCCACUGUACACAAGUUCAAAUAAAAUCUGCCCAAGUACUCAAACACAAAGUCGCAAACCUCCAGCCACACGACACAGUCCACAGACGUUAGCGUCGCCGUUGCCCGUCGUCCAAAGUUUCUAGCCGUCCAGUCGUCGCCGUCACUACAGCCGUCCGGUCAUCGUCGCACUGUCGCAGUCGGUGAGUCGCUUCGUUGUCGUCGCCGACCUCACCUGCACGUCGUAGCCUGCUCCUCUUACGUAUUCCUCCAGCCAGGAAAUUCAUCUAGCAUGUAUUGGGAAUGUGGAACAGAGGUCUAAGCCGUCGAUUGUUCUUCGUGGUCAGGCAGUACUCCUCGCAAAGAUGUGACACUUCUCUUAAUGAUGACUCGGUGAUCCGAGUUUCAAACAAUAUUGCCCAUUUGGGCUGCCCCAGGGAAGGGUCAAAGCCGCCCCAGCUCAUGUCUUUACCCCCAUUUCCCGGCCACUGUUUGCCUGGAAAGAAAUCCACUACUGUUCCGGGCCGAUUGUCUCAUCGCAUUACUGCUAUUAGCUGGCUAAAGUAUUACUUUGACGAAAUACCCGGUCCUGUUAUUCAAUCUCAUUUCAAUAAGGGUCUGGUGCAGAUGCAAUGCCAUGAUUCAUCUAGUGUUGAAAGGCCUAAAAUUUCCAUGAGAAAGAUUAAGCAUCAUGAGGUCAUGGAGAUGGGUGCAAGAGUUUAUGUACCUGUAUCUGUUGCAGAAUCCAAAAUUUCCAAGCGUUUUGAUAUUAUACCAAGUGGAACAAUGUAUCCCAAUGCUGACGAAAUAGCCUACUUGCAAAGGCUUGUAUUUUACAAGGACUCUGCCUUAAUUGUGCUAAAUAAGCCCCCUAAACUUCCAGUAAAGGGAAACCUUCCAGUUCAUAAUAGCAUGGAUGCUUUGGCAGCUGCAGCACUAUCUUACAAUUAUGAUGAGGGUCCUAGACUGGUGCAUCAUCUUGAUAGGGAGAGUAGUGGCCUUCUUUUAAUGGGAAGAACAGAGGAAAGCAUCUCCCUUCUUCAUUUGGUUCUCAGUGACUUAAAGAAGAAGAAAUUUCAAUCACAGGCAUGGGAUGAUUCUUGUAAGGUAACAUAUCGGAGAUAUUGGGCAUUAGUAAUAGGUUCCCCCAAAGAAAAGGAAGGCUUAAUUUGUGCACCUCUUUCAAAGGUGGUUCUUGAUAAUGGGAAAACCGAAAGGGUUAUCUUGGCUCAGAACUCAAGGUUAGAAGCUUCCCAGGAUGCUGUUACAGAAUAUCGUGUGCUGGGUCCUAUGAUCAAUGGAUGUUCGUGGAUAGAAUUGCGCCCGCAUACAAGCAGAAAGCAUCAGCUCCGUGUGCACUGUGCAGAAGCGCUUGGUACUCCAAUUGUGGGUGAUUACAAGUACGGUUGGUUCGUUCAUAAGAAGUGGAAGCAGAUGCCCCGGGUUGAUAUUGAGCCCACAACCGGGGAACCAUACAGAAUGCGAAGGCCAGAAGGGUUGGAUGUUCAGAAAGGAAGCGUGUUGUCAAAGGUUCCCUUGCUGCAUCUGCAUUGCCGGGAGCUUGUACUUCCAAACAUUGCCAAGUUUCUUGAGCUUCAUAGUAAUAGUAAUAGGUCAAGGAAUUAUAAUGUGAAGAGUGAUACUGUAUCAAAACCAGAUCUCCUUCGGUUUGUAGCUCCAAUGCCAUCUCACAUGAAAAUUAGUUGGAAUCUCAUGUCCUCUUACUUAAUAUGAAAACGAAAGAAGAAAUAGAAAAAAGAAAACUUGAGUCUGUGUAUUGUUUCAUAUAAAUUUUUGAUUUCAUUUGUAAUUUGGUAAUUAUUGGCAUCACUACUGAUUUGGUCACCA